ACAUAUAAAAUUCCGUUUUGCCGCACCGUUGUCACACUACCUACAGUACCUUCAGUCACAAUGGCCAGUCACUUUGCCCUCGCGCUUUGCCUCAUCGCCUUCGUGGCUCCAGCCGUCUACGGCAACCUCUCACAAGUCGAGGUUGAGGCCUGCUCAGAUGGAUCCACGAGCAACGUGGCUGCUGUUCGCUUCAGCCACUGCUCCACGCUGCCGUGCACCGUGACGUUGGCGGACAAGCCCCGAGUUGAGAUCGACUUCCAAGCUCCUCACGACUCGAAGACCCUCCGAGUCCGUGUGCUUGGUGCCAUUGGCGAUAUGGCGCCGCAGCCCUUCCCGGGUUUCAAGACCGAUGCCUGCAACUUCAUGGGUGUGAGCUGCCCCUUGAAGGCCGGCGAGAAGUACACGGCCAAGUUCGAUCUUACCCUUUCCCCCACCUUCCCACCGGUGGCCGCAAAGGCUGUUUUCAAGGGCCAGGAUGCAGCCGGUGAAUUCUUCUGCUUCAAGGUUCCCGUGGAACUCAAACACUGAGUGAACUGUGAACAAUAAAUACGCAUUACGUGGUCGCGUGGA